UAUAUAUAGAGGCUGGUACACUUCCGCUCCUCCACCCUGGCGUCAGUACAAUGGAUGAAUCUUAAGUCCAAGCUAGCUCUUUAUUUCCCGCAGCUAGCUCCAAAUUAAAACCUUCAUUUUUACACGACAUUAUUCCUGAAGAUUCCCCCGAGACAACCAGGAGAAUCCAACAUGCUACCAACUAAGAAGCGGGACGCCUUUAAAUUCGCAACUGGAGACACGAGCUGCUUGUUCCUGCCUCAAAAUGGAGUCGUGGACUACGGCUCUUGGGGAAAUUCCUCCCCGCAGAUAGUUUCACACAACGGGAACGCGGCCGAGGGCCCGAAGCGGCCGAAGACCCUGCAGGUCACCGCCAGCAGCGCCGGGUACCUGGCGAAGAACUGCCGGGACAACGGCAGCGUGGACAACGGCUCUCUGCCGUCCAGCCCGGAGCUGGACUCGCAAGGCCAAGUGGACAACUGCCCGGCGGGGGACGAGGGGCUGGACGCCGACACCCGGGAGCUCAUCGGCUGCUUCCUCCGGGACUUCCUCGCUCACAAGGAGCCGCGCUGGGGCGACAGCAAAGCGCUGACCACCAUGAAGAGAGUCGUGGACGAUCUUCUGGAGAAACACAGAUACGCGUAUAAUGGUAUGCUCAACAAGCUGUCGCUAGACAACAGGGCGGAUGAUAUGGACUUCGUCAGCGCGGUGGCCAAGAGCCUGUUCAGCGACAACACCACCAACUGGGGCCGGGUCGCCAGCCUGGUGGCCUUCGGGGCCGUGGUGUGUCAGCACCUGACGGAGAAGAGGGGCCCGGAGACCAGCGUGGAGCUGGUGGGCCAGGAGAUCUCCACCUACCUGCUGACGGACCAGCGGGACUGGCUGGUGAAAAACAACUCCUGGGACGGGUUCGUGCAGUUCUUCAGAGUAUCCAACCCCGAGGCGACGGUGAGGAACACGCUGCUGGGCCUGGCCGGGUUCGCUGGUAUUGGGGCACUGGCCCUGUUGAUCAGGUGAAUUUGGACACUCUUGGACAUUUUGUGUCCCACAAAUGCUGGGAGCGCCUUCUCAUUUGAAUCCCUCGGGGUUUGGACUUAAGAAGAUGGAGAUAUCGGCUUGACUUGAGCUUCGGUGAUAAAGAGGAUCACAAACCAGUGGUUACUUUUAUCUUCUUUUCCCUCCUUGGACUCCCUUCACCCCCCACCACCCACAAAACAAGUUCACGUUUCACUGUCGGCUGUGAAUAACUUUAUGAAUAACACCUUCUCAGAAUACCGUCAAACAAUUAGCAGUAAUUUAAUUUACAGUUAAAAAAUAUUUUUCUAAUACAUGUACAAAUGAUUCUAUGCAAAACAUUUGAAUGGUAAUGGGAAGUCGUUUUUUUUUAUUUUAUUUUCUUUUAAUCUCCUUGAUUUUUAUUUUCUCAUUGUUUACAUCUUCCUAAUUAAGAAACCUUUCCCUGGCAGUGAGGGUGUUAGCAGGCAGGGCCCAGAGCAGGAAGGGAGAAGCUGCGUUUUCCAUGACAAGCCCAUUUCCAUAGAGCCCAUUCAUAACCCCUGGAUUGUUUGUAUGGAGUCCUCGACCAUGUGAAGGGAGGAGGGGGAGAAUUUGCAUGAGUGUAGCUCUGGUUCCUUGUUGGAAAAACUGACGAGAGGAGAGCGACCACAUGCCGGACUUGUGGCUGCGCGGCAGGCUGGGAAGUUCGAGUGUCGGCAGAACCGCACAAGGACUGAGGCUGAAGGAAGCAGAUUGGGCUAUUCCUCUGCACCAGAGCUGACUUGAGAGAGGACAAUGAGUAAUAGUACAGAUCCAGUUGUAAGCUAACGUAUCUGUAUAGAUUGAAACAAAAUAAAAGACAAAUAUAAUUCA